UAUGUACUCGUAAAGAGGCUAAAUUUUAGAGGCUAAACUUGAGCAUGAGCUUCAUAGUGGGGUAGAAAGGUGUUGACAGAGAACGAAAGAAAAAGAAAGCAAACCACCAAAUCAUUUUCCAGGUUACUUCACCUGCUCUCAUCAUAUGACAGUUGAUAGAGGCUAAGAUCAGAUAUCAAUAUUUCACACGAUCCAUCUGCCACUACCAAUAUAUCUGUUCCACAUCUGGACAUCCAAGUAGAGGAAGCCCCAUCUCAUGUUUCCAUAGAGAAGAAAGGAGGUCUUUCUCCCUUCAGAGCUUUCUUCUAUGAGCCAAGGCCAUGCCCACAAGGUAUAAAGUCACACCUCAAUCCAAGAUUCCAUCUGCAUGCAAUGAUCUCAAGGAGCUUUUUUUUUCAGGUAUGCUCUCCAAAAACAGAAGAUAACAAAUCAUGGCUGGGUUGUCCUUGAAACUUCCCUUUUGGAUGAUGUAUCUGAUAACCCAGUUGCUAGUAGGCUCUGUUAUUUCUGGUUAUUCCUGGUGCCCCAUUCCUCCAAGCAAACAGACUCAAGCAAAAUUUAAACAGAAAACGAAUAGAUUCUGGAAGUUUGCAGAGCAGACCAAUACCUGGGUGGAAAUCAGCUUGCCGUUCGAUCUGAUGUCCUGUAUUAAUGAAACCUGCACAAAAGUAGGAUCAAUUGAAAGCAUACGUAUGAAACGUGAUCGGUUACCUACCAAAGAGCAACCGAAGUAUAUAAGUGCUGGUAUUGAUAGGGUAUUAGAAGAGAAUAUUGAUCCAGUUCUGCCUUUAAGAAAGAGAGUUUCUUUGACUAGAAUGUCAGAGGCAUCAGUUUGGGUGACAGGGCAAAGUGGUUCGAUCUAUGAGAGGUUCUGGAAUGGGGUGAAGUGGGUCAUUGCUCCCCAUGAAUUACCUACUGCAGCCGGUCAGGCUGUUUCUGUUUUUAUUGUCAAUCAGACAAUUCUUGCUCUGGCAGAAGGUGGGAUGCUUUAUCAGCUCCAACUGAAUGAAAAUUCUCAGCCAAUUUGGACAGAAUUUGUGCUUAUGUCUGAACAAGGCAUGCAUACUACAGAAACUGAACCAAGCCCAGUUAUACGGAUCAAGUUUGGCAUCGUAUCGCACGAUGGAGUGAGGUUGUACUUCUCCACUAUGAAUGGAUCAUUGAUUGAGAUCAGUGAAUUUCAGCCUUUAAGGUUGGAUUUUCAUGGCCGGCCUCCAGGUGGAGAUAUUUCAGCUAUUGUUGACACUGGCACUAUUAGACCAGGCAUUGUGUUCACAGUAAGUUCUACUGGAGAUCUAUAUGAAUUUGACAAGAAAUCAAAGCCGUCAUGGAAGAAGCAUGUAGCAAUGGAAGAAAUAUCACUUGGAUCAUCCAGAGGAUGUUCUCUUCAUGGCCUGGCCGGAGCUCAUUCAGUAUCACUUUUCCUAUUAACCAAGGAUGGUUUUCUAAUAGAACGACGCUUGCACAGAAGGAAGUGGAAGUGGGCACUCCAUGGAGCUCCAAAAGAUCAUCGGUUAAGUGCUAUCAUGCCAGUUCAACAGAGUGACAUAAAUGAAAACAUCUUAUCAUUAUUCUUCACUGCAAAUACUGGAUAUGUAUUUGAAUAUCAGCUUCCAAAGAACUCAGGUGGCACUUAUGGGAACCAUGCAGAAGGGCUAUGGAUAAAUCAUAUGCACCCACAGCAUGCAAAGGUUGCUCGAGGUGUGCAAGGGAUACAGGUUCAAUUUGGGAGAUUAAUGUUCCCACUGGAUGAUGGUAGACUUGGGGAGCUGCAUUUGCCUGGCAUUGGAGGUGACGGUUCUGGUCCAACUCAUCAGAGUAGUCUGCGCAGGAAAACAUCCAAUAAGUACGAAUGGUCAGUCAUAGAUGUACCUGAAACAGAAGGAUGGAAUGCAGAAUACUGCACUGAUGACCGUGGCCCAUCAAAUUGCAUCACAGGAAUAAAGAAUGUUCUUUCAGAUGAUGAGCCAAAUGACUCAAGUAUUAUUACACCUGCUAGAAGACGUAAGGCACAAGGGCAUCAAGAGUACAUAUCCUUGAGUAAUCAUGAAAGUGGUGCAACUGAGUCUUACAACUUUCUAACAAGAAGUAUCAAUACUAACUUUCGUAUGCGAGUAAUGUAUGCAGAUAGAUCAUUCUUUGUUAUAACAGACAGUGGCCUAACUUUUGAAUACCUUUAUUCUGAUAAUGUCUGGUUAUGGCUAAGGCAUGAGCAUUCAACAGCAAUGAGAGGUGCCCUAGGAAGCUAUAAUGGAAGUUUGUUUUUAGUCAACACGCAAGGAAACUUGCUUAUUAGAGAAAGGAGUGGAAAUGAACUAUCAUGGAUCAAUUGCACUGCCAUGAGGAAGGGAAAACAGGUAGCGACAGGACCCCCAUGGGAUGUCAUACCGGGUAAAUCUCACAGAGCUACAACAGUAGAUGCUCUCUUCUUUGUUGACAAGAAGGGAAAACUUCUUCAGUUUAUGGUAGCACUACGAAAAUUCAAAUGGAAAGACUGCCACAGCCCUCCAGAUACUAGGAUAGCAUUUAUAGUGGAUCAAGAAUUCUUCAGGAUGAACAUCAUAUUUGUUGUUGGACGAAACGGUCGUCUAUACCAAUAUAACAGAAUCACCGAACUAUGGCACGAGCACUACCAGUCCCCUCAUUUGGUCCUCUCAAGAUCCCCUGGAACUGCUAUGAGGCCAUCACUACAAUCACUUACAGGCUCAUUAUUCAUGAUAUCAGAAAAUGGAGGUCUUGUCGAGUACCACUGGAACUUGCAAGAUGGAUGGGAAUGGGUGGAGCAUGGGACGCCAUACAGGGACGUGACGCUGGUCGGUGCGCCAGGUCCAUGUUUUGAUGGCACUCAAUUGUUUGUGAUCGGGUCGGAUGGCCAUGUUUAUCGAAGAUUUCUGGAACAGAGGACUUGGAAAUGGAUGAGUCAUGGGUACCCAAAUACAGAGACUUCAGCUCUAGAAGCUCAAAGAACUCGAAGUGAUCACACUUGCACCUAUGAAGAUAAAACGGCCUACUUUGAGUACAACAACCAAUACUCAAACAAUUACAACAGACACUGCAAUGAGAAGGUGGCACCGAUACGACCCAUACCAUUUUCGCAAGAUUCAGUAAUUUUCGAGUUACAAGAUGGCAGGCUGGCGGAGCUGCGGAGAUCGAAAGGGACAGACGACUGGGUGUGGGCACGAGUCAUCGUCACGCCGACCAGCCUUUGCUUGUCGAGUUACUGGACAGCGGUGGCAACAUAACAGCGUCGAGCAAGCAAACCUGUUGCAGGAUCAUGGGAAGUACGGUUAUAGAAACAAAAAGGUGGAAAAUGUAUGGAGUUUGUAAAGAGAGGGCAAACACUAGCAGCAGUGUUACAAUGUGAAAUAGUAUAAAAAUUCUGAUGUAAAGAUGAACAUAGAAGGAACGAUAGAAGAACAGAUUCUGGGUUUCAUUCUCUA